GUCUCCUAUGUAAGUGCGCACGUGUCCCUGUUUACAGAGGGCAGAGACCUGCUGAGAGCAGAAACAGAGACGACAUCGAGAGCUGAAUUACCCAAAGUCGUUAAGCCGAAGAAACGAAAAGUUUAAAAUGCCACUCUUUGUAGACCUGUUGCAUCCGCCGUUUGAAAGAGAGAGGCAGAAGCACAAGAAGAAGCGUCUGGUGCAAAGCCCCAAUUCCUACUUCAUGGAUGUUAAGUGUCCCGGCUGCUACAGGAUCACCACAGUGUUCAGCCACUCGCAGACUGUGGUACCUUGUCCUGGCUGCUCUUAUGUGCUGUGCCAGCCUACUGGAGGGAAAUGCCACUUAACGGAAGGUUGCUCAUUCAGAAGAAAACAGCAUUGAUUGAGUCUCUUGAAGCAGCAGAAUCCUUGAAUUGGGUUUAAGGGACACUCUUUCCCCCUAAUCUGGAAAAUGCCAGGCAGUUCUGUUUUCUUACAUCCAUCUAGCAUUUGGUUGUUCUUUGGGUGGGGUGGGGAGAUCCUCUUUUAGACAAAUUUUUAAAAAUGUUCCUACAUGGUCUUAAAGAGGAGGCUGAACUAAUUCAUUAUAUUGUGGAAAAGCCAAUUGGACACAAGAGCCAGAUAGGCCAAUAGAAAGCAAGCUUCAUGUUCCACCCGAGUGUUCAAAUUUAAACUUGAUGGAAAACCAUCCAGCAAAAUUAUUCUUAAUUUACUCCACUUUUUUAAAAAAACAAGAAAAGCUGUUUGACAAAUGUCUCUCGGCAUCAGGCGACUGUGUUACCCCAAUGGAAGUACUCAAUCGAAACAAUCAGAGAAUGAGAUGUCAUUCAUUGGUUUUGCUCAUUAGCUUUUUAAUUUAUUUUAUUUACCAGUUGACCUUUUCUGCCUGUAAUAAAGAUCAGUAUAUUAACACAUCUUUGAAAUAAUUAUUUAGAAAGACAAUAAAAUAAGGAGUGGGUUAUAAAUCUAUCUUUGGGGAAAAAAGUUUAUUAAGUAAAUUCACAGUUAGGUGACCUGGGUUCGCUUCCCGGGUCCUCCCUGUGUGGAGUUUGCAUGUUCUCCCCGUGUCUGCGUGGGUUUCCUCCGGGCGCUCCGGUUUCCUCCCACAGUCCAAAGACAUGCAGGUUAGGUGGAUUGGCGAUUCUAAAUUGGCCCUAGUGUAUGCUUGGUGUGUGGGUGUGUUUGUGUGUGUCCUGCGGUGGGGUGGCACCCUGCCCGGGAUUGGUUCCUGCCUUGUGCCCUGUGUUGGGUGGGAUUUGCUCCAGCAGACCCCCGUGACCCUGUGUUCGGAUUCAGCGGGUUGGAAAGUGGAUGGAUGGAUUCUGCUAAUAUUCUCUAUGACAAUAGCUAUAAAAUGUAUAGAAUAAAUUAUGACAUUUACCUAUUUGGCUGUUGUCUUACAACAUAUAUAUCAAAAUAUAUAUUCCGACAUUUGUCUGUCUGUCCGCUUUUCACAAGAGAACUAUUUAACGUAUUUAGAUUGGGUUUUUUUCUAUAAUUUGCUUGAACAUUCUGGUUGAUUUUGCAACUCCGAGCCACCACAAUCCCAUUUGGCUAUGUCAUUGUCACAUCAUUUUCUAACCUGCUUAAUCCGGAUCAGUGCUGUGUGUUGGUGCUGGAGCAUAACCGAGCUAGCAAAGGGCACAAGGCAGGAACAGAAACUGGACAGAGCGUCAGAGCAUCACAGGGCAAACGCACACCACACACUUGGGCUAAUUUAACGUUGCUAAUUCUCCUAACCUGCAUGUCUUUCUUUGGAAAGUGGGAGGAAACAGUGGGUACUCGGAGGGAACCCAUGCACACACCGAGAGAAAAUACAAACUUCACCCAGGGAGGACCUGGGAUGUAAACUGUGGUCUUCUUACUACAAGGCAGCAGUGCUACCACAAUGCCACUGUGCAGCCCCCAUUUAGCUAUGAUAUUGUAAAAUGCUGUUAUAAACCUGGGUGUUUUAUGUACUCUACUAAUACAUGUGAUUAUAUUGUUACCACCAUAUGAAUCAUUGGUUAAAAAAAUCAACAAAAAAAGAGAUCUCUCUAAAGUAAACAAACAUAUGAAAAUUCAACAUUUGACUAAGUUAUGAAUAUUUGUUUUCUAAUUUAUUUGUGUCCGAUUGACUGCUCUGCAAGUGUGGCCUAGUUGUCCAGACUCCCAGAACACACCUUGUGUGCCUCUUUGGGCCAAAAUGGCUCCCAAUAACGACUUACUGCUUGAAAGCUCCUCCUACUGGAAGACUUGGGUUUAAUUUUUUUUCUUUCAGCAAUACAUUUGAUUUUCUUAAAGAAAGCAUUGAUCUUUUUUCUCUUAAAGGGAACACCUGAUUGUUUGCAAUGCACUAACUUCUUUUGUAGGCCUCUCUGGAGACACGGUGACUGUGAUAAGCACUUACUGUAUAAAUGAAAGCCGUUUAAUGGCCAUUCUUUAAUCUGUCACACUUUUUGUCUUGCUUUCCUUACUGUUCUGUCAUAUUGAAUGUGCUGAAGUGUUUAUCAUUUUCCAGCACUGAAUACAUUGCUGGAUACACUUUGGAAUGGUUCUGUAAUGCACGGUCUUAAUCCUACUGCUGUAAGUGGCAUUAUGUAAAAAUAAAAUUUCAUAUUAAU